CUGGAGCAGACAGUCUGCGGUUUCUUCCUGACGUCCACUCCCAUGCAUUUGACGAAGUCCGCUGUUUUAAUUGUUAGCUAACGACAAAAUUACCACGUAAAACCAUUUAUAUAUUCCGUGGGGGGAAAAGGAAACGAUGGAGACCGACUCAGUGUUCUACACUGAUGGCAGCGGACGUAUCUCCAGUAACCCUCUGCUGGACCAGCUCCCCAGCUACCAGUCCCUACUAUACCGCAGGAAGUCGUCCACCAACAAUCGAAAAAACAGCUCUAGAGCGAGGCGAAGCUCCUCUACCAGCGGGAAAUGGGGCUUUGGCACCUUGAGAAGGCACGAGGACAAACACGAGACUGAGCGGCCCCUCAGAGAACUAGCCAAACCCAUGAAUGAGAAACGCAAACACAAGACACAGCGCCUUGAAGACGCCAAAGAGUACAGCAGCUGGAGACAGUGGAGGCAGAGCACACGGCGGUAUCUGAGGAGGCUGAAGGAUGAUGCCGAAGAGCUUCUGAGCUCCUUGAAACUGUGGAGGGGAGACAUCCAUCUGAUAGAGGGGAUGUUCGGCACUGGGAUCCUGUCGUACUUCUCCUUCCUGCGCUUCCUGGUCGUGCUCAACCUGGCCAUCUUCCUGCUCAUGUUCAGCUUCGUCAUGUUGCCCAUCAUCAUCGCCCCUCAUGCUUCGGGAAAUAUAACCUACAACCAGAAUGAUGGUAGUGAGUGCAGCAGCUAUCCAAGCAGCACUCGUCGGGGCCUUGUCAUCUUUCAUGAGCACAUCACUGAUAUGCUCUCGGGUGAAGGCUUUCUGGAACAGACCUAUCUCUUCUACGGCUACUACAAGGUGGAAAAAAUCCAUUUCCCACACACGACAUACAAUUUGGCACUGGCGUACCUGCUCGCCACUGUAGCGUACCUCUUCUUCAGUCUUAUCUGGAUUGUUAAAAGGUCUGCCACGGGAUUCAAACGGAACCUGAUUCAGGAUGAGGAUCGCUUUCAGAGCUUCUGCAACAAGAUCUUUGCCGGCUGGGAUUUCUGCAUCACCAACAUAAACACAGCGAGGCUGAAGAGAAGCAGUUUGCUCUAUGAGCUCAGGACGGAUUUGGAGGAGGAGAGGAUAAAACAGAAAAUAGCAGAGCGCACCCGCAAAGAGAAGUGUCGGAUUUACCUCCUCCGCCUCAUCCUCAACCUUUUUGUCAUUGGUGUGCUGGCUGGUUGCUUCUACAGCAUUUACGUGGCCACCGCCUUCUCCCAGCAAGUAGAAAUUAAGACUAAAAAGGUGAAUUUCUUUGUGGAUCUCAUCUAUGAGUACCUACCUUCAAUUGUUAUCACCCUGGCCAACUUCAUCACCCCAGUCCUGUUCUCAGUUAUCAUCAACUACGAGGACUACUCUCCUGCCUUUGAGAUCCGCUUCACUCUAAUGAGGUGUGUCUUCAUGCGCUUGACUAGCAUUGGAGUUUUGCUUUUCUCUCUCUGGUCUCAAAUCACUAAAUGUGGAGAAGAAACCUGUAGAUGUGGUUACAACCAUGUUCUUUAUUCCUGCUGGGAGACACGUGUGGGUCAGGAAAUGUACAAACUGACCAUCUUUGACUUCAUCAUCAUGGUUGCAGUGACCAUCUUUUUUGAGUUUCCCCGAAAGCUGUUGGUGAAGUACUGUGACUGUAACCUGGCUAAGUGGUGGGGCCAGCAGGAGUUUGACAUCCCUCAGAAUGUGCUGGCGAUCGUCUACGGUCAGACUAUCUGCUGGAUCGGCACAUUUUACUCCCCCUUGCUGCCUGCCAUCUGCACCAUCAAAUACUUCUUUAUCUUCUACAUCAAAAAGGUGUCAUUAAUACGCAACUGUCGCCCAGCCACGCGUCCAUUCCGAGCAUCCAGCUCCAACUUCUUCUUCCUCGGCGUGUUGCUGAUCGGCCUGGUUCUUGCCUGCGUGCCUGUUGGAGUUAGUGUAGCACAAAUUCGUUGUUCCCAGGCUUGUGGGCCAUUCGUUAAUUUCACCACCUCCUGGGAAGUGCUGCCAGCUACAAUAUCCCAGCUACCCCAUGGAGUCCAAACCUUCCUCUUCACUCUCUCAUCAGAGGUCUUUGCGGUCUCCUUCUUUGUCGUUACAUGUUUGGCCAUGUUUUAUGUGAUAGCACUUGCUGGAGCUCACAAGAAAGUAAUUAAACAACUAAGGGAGCAGCUAGCUAUGGAGGGCCGUGACAAACGCUUCCUGAUCCAGAAGCUGUGCCAGGCUCAGAGGUCUCCGACUCUCAGAUCCCCAGUGUCCAAGUCACAGCCUCGUAGCGGCAGCAGGAGCAGCCCCAGCUACCACACCAGCUUCUCUACUAACUUUGAUGAGGGAAUGGUCCUGACACACCCACCUCCAGACUCCUCCACACAUCGACUCAGCUGGUAGGGGACCGGAACCGGACCAGAGGAAGCGUGCUGUUCCUCGGCAGCGAGAGAUCAGUCAGCCGUCAAAAUGUUGAGAAUUACGAUCCGGGCAGAUAUGGGCUCGCUUUGGGUUUUGUUCUGUGUCAUAUAUUCGCAGUUCCUGGCCGUAUCCUCUGAUGACAUCGUGGUGGCCUGCGGUGGAUUUGUGAAGUCCGACGUUGAGAUCAAUUACUCUCUGAUCGAGAUCAAACUGUACACUAAACAAGGUUCACUGAAAUAUCAAACGGACUGUGCUCCUAUCAAUGGUUACUUCAUGAUCCCCCUCUAUGACAAGGGUGAUUUUGUUUUGAAGAUUGAGCCUCCUCUGGGAUGGAGCUUUGAGCCUACCAGUGUUGACCUGCAUGUGGAUGGAGUCACUGACAUCUGCACCAAAGAAGAAGACAUCAAUUUUGUUUUCACGGGUUUCUCUGUUUCUGGAACGGUUCUGAGUAAGGGCCACCUGUUGGGCCCAGCGGGAGUAGAAGUCAAACUGAGCCAAACGGGAUCGGAGGAGAAACUUCAGAGCGUUGUCACACAACCUGGAGGAAAGUAUACCUUCUUCAAAGUACUUCCCGGAAGUUAUGGCAUCACAGCUUCUCAUCCAUCUUGGACUCUGGAGCAGAGCACGACCUCGGUGCACGUUUCCAAUGCCAAUGCCCCGGCCGCCGACCAUCUGGUGGUUGCAGGCUACGAUGUCUCAGGGGAGGUCCGCAGUGAUGGAGAGCCCAUGAAAGAGGUCACCUUCCUACUGUACUCGGCCACAGUCAAGAGAGAGGACAUCAGCGGCUGUAACACAACCCCAGUGGAGGGUGCAGAUUCUGGGGACAGCUCCCUGCUCUACCUGUGCAGCGCUCUGUCCAGGGACGACGGCAUUUUCGUCUUUCCCUCACUGGCCAGCGGCGAGUACACCGUGGUUCCCUUUUACAGGGGAGAAAGAAUCACGUUUGACGUUGCUCCUUCUAGGAUGAAUUUCAAGGUGGAGCACAACAGCUUGAAACUAGAGCCCAUUUUCCGCGUGAUGGGCUUCUCUGUGACGGGCCGCGUCCUCAACAGUGCUGAAGGAGAGGGUGUCGCUGACGCUACAGUCUCCCUCAACAACCAGAUCAAAGUUGUCAGCAAGGAGGACGGAUCUUUCCGGUUGGAGAACAUGACAGCUGGAACCUACACCAUCCGCGUCAACAAGGAGCUCAUGCUCUUUGAGCCAAUCACAGUGAAGAUCGCCCCCAACACGCCUCAGCUGCCUGACAUCAUCACAGCAGGGUUCAGUGUGUGUGGUCAGAUCUCGGUCAGUCGUCUGCCCGAGGGCAUGAAGCAGCAGGGUCGCUACAAGGUCACUCUGACGCAUAAGGGACAAGACAAGGCUUCCAGUCGGACCAUCGACUCGGAUCCUCAGGGAGCCUUCUGCUUUCAGACCAAACCAGGAGACUAUAGCGUCCAUGUUUCUCUCCCUGAAGCGGAGGUGAAAGCUGGCCUGGCUCUGCAGCCUCAGUCCUUGGAGGUCUCCCUCGUGGACCGGCCCCUCACAGACCUACUUUUCACCCAGUUCAUGGCUUCUGUUUCUGGAAAAGUUUUCUGUCUAGCGUCCUGCGAUGACCUGUCCGUAACCCUGCAGCCAGUGAGUCGGCAGGGAGAGAGGAGGACGGUGGCUCUGUCGGGCGGCAACGAGAUCCUCAGCUUCUCCUUUGACAACGUUUUGCCAGGGAAAUACAAAGUGAGUAUUUCCCACGAGGAGUGGUGUUGGAAACACAAAUCUGUGGAAGUUGAAGUUCUGGACUCGGAUGCCCUGGGGGUGGAGUUCAGACAGAUUGGCUACAUCCUGCGCUGCUCCCUCUCCCAUGCCAUCACUUUGGAAUUCUUCCAAGAUGGCAGCAAGCCUGAGAAUGUCGGCGUGUACAACCUCUCUAAGGGAGUCAACCGCUUCUGUCUCUCCAAGCCUGGUGUUUACAAAGUCACCCCUCGUUCCUGCCACCAGUUUGAGCAGGACUACUACACGUACGACACCUCUGCUCCCAGUAUCCUGACCCUCACCGCAGUGCGUCACCACAUGACAGGACUCAUCACCACCGACAAGAUUCUAGAUGUCACAGUAACAAUCAAGUCGUCUAUCGAGAGUGAGCCAGCGCUGGUGCUGGGCCCCCUGCGAAGCCUGGAAGAACAGAGGCAAGAGCAGCAACUGCAGGAGAUUCAACUGCGGCGUCAGGAGCGAGAGCGCCGUGCGGCCGAAGAGGAUGGAGGAUCCAGAGAUGAUAGUCCCCCUGUACAAGAGAAGGCUGAUGAACUGACAGGCCCCUACCACUACGAGUUCUCCUACUGGGCCAGGGCUGGCGAGAAGAUCACAGUGACUCCCUCCUCCAAGGAACUGUUGUUCUACCCUCCUGAAGUGGAGGCAACGAUCACUGGAGAGUCGUGUCCAGGUCGGCUUGUGGACAUCACAGGGCGUGCAGGUCUCUUCUUAGAGGGCAAAGUGUCACCAGAGCUACAGGGCGUAGAGAUAUCCAUCACCGAGAGGGGAUCUGCUGCACCGCUCAUUACCGUGGCCACUAAUGAGAUGGGAACAUACAGCGUGGGUCCGCUGCACAGCGACCGACAGUACAACAUCAGCGCCAGUAAAGAAGGUUUCGUGCUGAGUCCGGUGGAGGGAUCCCAGGGAGAUUUCAAGGCCUUUGCUUUGGCCGGCGUUACCUUCAAGAUCAAAUCGAAGGAUGGUCACCCCCUGUCGGGCGUCCUUCUGUCUCUGAGUGGAGGACAGUUUCGCUCCAACCUCCUGACUCAGGACAGCGGCCUCCUCACCUUCAGUAACUUGAGUCCUGGUCAGUACUACUUCAAACCCAUGAUGAAGGAGUUCCGCUUUGAGCCGACCUCUCAGAUGAUUACAGUGGAGGAGGGUCAGAACCUCAGUAUCGACAUAACAGGCAUUAAGACUGCUUACAGCUGCUACGGAGCCGUGCAGUCUCUGAGUGGGGAUGCGGAGCGGGACGUGGCCGUGGAGGCGGUGGGUCAGGGAGACUGCAGCCUCUACAGCGAGGACACGGUCACUGACGAGGAGGGCCGGUUCAGACUCAGGGGCCUGCUGCCGGGUUGCAAGUAUCUGAUUCAGCUGAGAGCUGAAGGCAACGACCACAUAGAGAGAGCCUUGCCCCAGCACAGAGCCAUCGAGGUCGGCAGCACUGACAUUGAAGGAGUCAACAUCAUCGCCUUCAGGCAGAUCAAUCAGUUCGACCUCAGUGGAAACAUCGUCACGUCUCCUGAACACCUUCCAACGUUAUCGGUGAAACUGUACAAGAGCGACAACCUGGACAAUCCAAUCAACAGCGUCUCUCUGGGGCAGUCCCUUUUCUUCCACUUCCCUCCUCUGGACAGAGAUGGAGAGAGCUAUGUGCUGAUGCUGUACUCCACCCUGUCCCGCUCCCAGUACGACUUCACUCUACCUCAGGUCUCCUUCACCUCCAGUGGCUACCACAAGCACGUCACACUCACCUUCAACCCCACUCGUAAAGUGCCUGACCAGGAUGUUGCCCAGGGCUCCUACAUAGCUCUGCCCCUCACUCUGCUGCUCCUGUUAGCAGCGUACAACCACGAGAAGGUGAUCCCCCUCCUGUUGCAGCUGGCCAACCGCGUCCAGGGAGUAAGGAGCAUGGCUCAGACCAGCGGUGACAGCGCCGCUCUGGACGAAGCCAAGCGCCUGGCCAAGAGACAGAAAGCCAGGCGUACAUGAGGCCGCACCCCGAACCACAUCUUUGUGCACUGAACUGAACGCUAGUGUCCGGGAUCCCUGCCUCAGAGAGCACCGGGAGCAGCUGGGUUACAUCUCUUCAGUGCUGCGUUUUGCUAGUGGACUGUUUAGCGUGCUAAGGUGUGAUUUAAAUCAGGGUUCAAAUGAAGCCCAGCACGAACCUCUCAUUACCACCGCCUCAUUGGCCAAUCAGAAUUUCUGGACUGAUAGCUGACGUUUUACAGGUUGAUUUUUUUUUUGUUGUUGUUGUUGUUCCACAUUGUUUCAGAAAACUGUUAAUAUUUGUAAUAUGAGCCAUUUUUAUACAUUUCUAAUUUAUCUAGGUCAACUAAAACCUUGUGUUUUUGAAAGAUGUCAGUCCUAACGUUGUGCAGGACUGUAUCAGACACUGCUCCCCCAUCAGCACUAGGGUCGAUUCAGACCGUACACAAAGUGGGAAUCGAUUAGAACUGUUCCGAACAACAAAUAUCAGCUUUGGGAUUUUUAAAACUUAUAAAAACUGCGCUCAAAAGGUUCAAAAACUGAACUCCCCCUGA